AUGAAGAUAUUUGUCACUGUUCCGAUCCUAGUGCAAACGAGUGCACCUCCACAGCCGCUGAUCAGGUACCCGUGCUCGUGCGGGGGCGGGCAGUGCGGCUGCUGCACCGGGAACGUGCUUCCCAUUGGCCAGAUCGCAUGCACCAAUGUCACCUACGACCCUGACGAAUUCAAAUUCCACCUCAAGAUGUAUUUCAACGAGAGAAUCGUCUAUCAAACGUCCAUGUCAGGUCAGAACCCGCGUCCGGUGUGCGUGCCAAUUCGGGCGCUCAAUUUCAAAUUCUGCGCGCGCAUGCACAACGUGUACAUGGUGGGCCGAAACGUGCACGCGUGCAUGUCGGUGGACGGCCAGUGGCGCUCGCAAGAGCUGUUCAACUACCACUUCGACUGCUUCCGCAUCGGCAGCGGCGGAGUGGCCUUCGUCAAGCCCGAGGAUGGCGGCGGUCUGCCUCCGCCUCCUGAGGAGGAUGUGCUCAAGCCCGGGGAGGAGGACUACGAUGACACCGCCAGGCGAUUCGCUCAGCUCAACAGCUGAAUAAAAACAUUCACAUCGUCCACCAAAAAUUGGGUUCGGAAGCAAUUAGAACUGGUUAAAAAUGAUUGAAUGUGAUGUUAGAGUGGACACUGAUUGCAGAUUGUUCCAAGAUCCAGAUUUAUUAGCAUUGAUUCCUUUUAUUAUCAAUUGAUUGCUCGGGGUCCAUGUUGACUUCCAAUUCAAAUAAGCUGCUAUUGAUAACAAGUGAAACCACCUUUGGAUGUGGUAUGGGGGGGGGCACACUUGAAAUAAUAAUCAUGAAAGCCUGGUUUCGUAGAAAUAAGUCAAGAAUUUCUUAAUGUAAUACAGGCGGUAGAAGUCCCCUCCAGUCCCCUUCUUUGAACUAUAAUUAGUAUAAUGACCUGAUAAUUUCAUAUUUCUGGAGUGUGGUUGCCGUGUGUGUGUUACUUUUAUGGUUUGUAGGAUUACUACCUAUAUCAACAUCUAGUGUGAGGAAGCCUUUUUCCUAGACUACCGUAUUCCCCAGGGUCUGGCUCGUUAAAAUGAUAAAGAAUCGAGUCAAUCCGAUACAGCCAGGAUUAAUGGCUGUAAUCCAGGUGAAAUGAUUAGGGAUAGCUUCUAUUAAUAAUGUAUUAUAGAAAUCAAUUUGAAAAAAACUUGUACUAACUAUAGGGUAUAAUCCCGCAGAGGGGGGAGACAAAUGUGGUUGGACACUGCUUCAAAGGUCUAGUGAAUAGGCAAUAUACAGUAUGUGGAUAUUACGUCAGGCUUUCUCCUGUUUGGACAAAACCAUGAGUUUUUUCUGAGAGACCCUGAUCAACAUUCAUCUAAGUAUCAGACUCUGACAUCUAAUCAAAGCCCCGCUGAUUCAGGUAAAUUGAAUUUCAAGAUAUAUUGAUUUGGUUGGAUGUGAAUUAAAAGUGAAGUCCUAUUUUGUCAUAAACCUGGUCAGUCGUAUCAAAGUUGGAGACUAUGGAAAAAAGGCCAUUUAUACUGAAUAUAUAAUUAAUUUAUUAUUUAUUCAUAAAAAAUAAUAUAACUAUUUAUUCCGUGCAAGAUAAUUUAUUUUUCCCAAAAUAGAAACUACAGUGGAGGCAACACUCCACUAAUUAUUUAUUAUUUAUUGUAGCUAUAAGGGAUUUCCACGGAAAGUGUGAUAAUAAUGCCUCACAUGUAUGAUUCGUAUAUAAUGCUCUGCUUCGAAAAGCAAUUUUCUUCCUCACAAGAUGUUACUGCAAAAUAAAAAUUUCGACAGAAGAAAUAUUGAACUAUUUAUUGGAGUAAAGUUAAUAAUAACCUCAUCUGGUUGAAGUGAGAAUGCUAAAAGUGUUGUACUUCCUUUAAAUGUUGUUUUUCUACCAUUUAUUAUUUCCACUUAAUAUAAUAAUAAUAUUUACAAUAAUAAUUUAUUGAUCGAUCCACUUGAAUCUUCAAAAUACUGUAGAAUUAGAAUUUGAAAAUACAUCACAUACACCUACAUUUUACAGCCUUUCAUGAAUUCAUUGGAAAAUCAAAAAGUAAAUGCAAUAUUAUAUUGAAUGUGGUUCAAACAUCAAGUCAAUGCACCAUAGCGAGAAUGAUGGAUGUACUGUAAUCAUAAUUGUAUACAAUCUAUGGAAUAAUUAUCUGGAAAUGACACGGCGCACAGACCCUCUAUGAUUUUUAAGUACGGUAAGCUGUCAGUGUAAUGAAAAAUACAACAACAGAGCUACUGCCUAUUGCUUUGCCUAGCGUCUCAAAUCCUUCAAGUUGAGUUUGCGAGUUAAUUCACUACUGAAAUACACCUUUCUGUGAGAAUAUUAUUAGACCAAUACAUUUAGAUUAAUUUAUAUUCAGAUUAUCGCAGCGAAUAGAGCUUUAAGAGAAUUGGCUACAGAAAAACACAUUAUAAGUACCAGUACGCCCUAAUACAUAUAUAUUUGAGGAACAUUACCAAAUUAUUACAUUUUUUAUCAUAAAGAAGGCAUAAUUUGAAUCCUAAAUACUUGCGAAACCAUACAUACUUGAAAUCAUAAUCUUUUCAACUCCCAAAUUAUUUCACUCAGAAAUUCUCAAUAUAGUAAUAAUUCUCAUAACUAUUUUAUUAUUUCAAGCAUCAAUAACUCAAGUAGAUUUAUUAUUUGAUACGGAGAAUUAUUUUUUCUUCCUGAAUUUACUACACAGAAUAUAUUCACUCUGGUAUCGAGCUAGAAUCAAACUAGAUAUGGAAAGGACUACCAUGGACAUCUUCCUCAUUUUGAAUACAUUCUAGGGUGAGUAGAGAAAAAAAAUAAUAAUUGGGAACCAAAAGUAAUAAUCAUAAAUGUCUCCAGUAGAAGAAAUUUUUCUCUAUGCAACUACUUAUUGGAAAAAGCUAUUUGACCUUCUAACUUGAGAAAACCUUUCAUUCAUAAUACUUUUACAAUAUUGGAAUCGAACAGUUAGCAAUUAAUUUUAGAAGGCAUCAGAGAACUGAUUAUUUGGUUUUCAUCAAAUUGGAAAAAUAUUGUGCAGCAAAACUGAUUCUCCGCCAGUGACUCAACCAAGCUAUUCCACAUCUAAAUUAUAUUUUCAAUUCCCUGUGAAUUCAAAGUAACCGAUAAAUUGGUUUGAAAUAUGAGUUGACAAUUUAUAACGGUUUCCAUGUCUGUCCAGAACUUUCACUUGUUUCUUGAAUAAUAAUUAUUUAUGAGAAACUAAUACCAAUGAUUGACAAUUUGUGCAAUCGUUGUAUUUCAUUAAUUUAUGUGCAUCUUAAAGACAUACCUAGGAUAAAUAAAUACAACAGUAGGUUAAUUGUAAUUUAGAAAUUUGAAACUUUAAUUAUUGCCAAACAUUUUUAGUGAUCAUGUGCGAGUGAAAAUAGAAUGUAAAUGUGUGUGUUUAGAUAUGAGUAAAAAUGUAGCUACAUGUUUGAGAAUCGGUGUAAGUGUAUUUUUUUUGUAUCUGAUUGAUCAUAUCGUUGAAAAUCCAUCCGCCAAACAAUAUAUCGAGAAGUCCGUGUCAAUGUAUG